AUACAUCCUGGAAGAACGCGUUCUGGUCGAAAUGUCGCUGUUAAACGAGCUAGAGAUGAGAAAGAAAUCCGUGCGGCCCAAAAGGAAGUAGAGUUCUAUCGUCGCUGUGCUGGUGCUCGGAAUAUUGUCCAGUAUCUUGGAUGCGAACAUAGAAAAGCUACAAACCAUUCUCCUGAACGUUUUUCAUUCGCCAUGGAACGUGCCUUGUUCUCACUGGACAAACUCAUGAAACGUGUUCGAAAUUUACAGGGUCUUCCUAAAGAAAUUAUAGUUGAUCUUUUAUAUGAUUCAGUUUUCGCUUUAUUAACGUUGAAGGAUCGUGGUAUUGCUCAUCGUGAUAUUAAACAUUUGAACAUACUAGUAUUCCCAGGGCCAAAGAAAGGUCGAAGGUCACAAUAUUUAUUCAAGUUUUGCGAUAUGGGUGUGUCGAGUUUUGUAGAUGAUGAUGGAAUGAUGCAAACCUUAGUUGGUACGCCGAAUGUUUUGUGCCCUCCUCUAGCGUUUGCACAUGCACAACGGAGUCCGCGAUCUCGCGACCACUACACUCGAGAACAGUGUGAUUUGUGGUCACUCGGCUGUACGGUCUAUUUUGUUUCCACGGGGAAAUUUCCUUUUCCAGUUGAUCCAAAGGAUCCUAAUGUUUACGCGCAGGCCGUAGCUAACUGUUUGUAUGAGUGCUGCUCUUAUUAUGGCAAUAGAACAUUAUUGGACUACCGUCGGUAUUUAAGGUGGUUCCGCCAUUGUCUGAAGAGGUUGAUCGCCAUGUUGUUUAGCCCUGAACCUACCCUAGAGACUUUACGUGAGAUGGUAAAAUCAAUGCAAGAGUCCUCUGAGAAACGAUAUAUUUCUAUCGAAUCAGUUGAAAUUUAUAACUACUGCGAUUUGAGAGCUAUUCCAUCGUUUAGGUGA